AUGACCAAGCUCGUACCACUGGAGGUCACUGACCUGUCAGAGGGAUGGUCGUUCAAGCAGACUGACGAUAUCGGCGAGAACAGUUGGAGUCCAGUCAAAAAGGUCCCGUCGACUGUGCAUCAGGACCUGAUCGACAAUAAGAAGCUCGAGGACCCGUUCAUCGGAUUCAACGAGAUCAAGGCCGAAUGGGUAGGAUUGAAAUCAUGGACUUACCGAACAAAGCUUUCGCGGCCGUCAGUACCGGAAGGCUCGAAAGUGGUACUGGCCUUUGAUGGUCUGGACACAUUUGCGAAUGUCAAACUGAACAACAAAACCAUCCUUCAGAGCGACAACAUGUUCCUGCCGCACCGGGUCGACAUUACAGAAGCCAUUCGACCAGAGACGAGCCAUGACCUCGAGAUUGAGUUUGACUCUGCCUUCUUGAAGGCUCGUGAGAUCAAAGACCAGCAUCCGGAGCACAAGUACAUCUGCUUCAACGGCGACCCAGCGAGACUGGCAGUGAGGAAAGCCCAGUAUCACUGGGGCUGGGAUUGGGGUCCUGUGCUCAUGUGUGCGGGCAUCUGGAGACCAGUGCGGCUUGAAGUUUACACCGUCAGGGUUGCCGAUCUGCGGACCGACAUUGAUAUUUCAGAUGAUCACAAACUUGCCACAAUCAACGCGAGUACAGAGAUAGAGGGGCUGGAGGACCGGAAUCUCCAUGUCCAAGCCAAGUUUACAGUCAGCCUGGGCGACCGAGAAAUCUCUUCAAGCGAGGCCGAAGUGACUUCUGAUGGCAAAGCGACUGCCCAGCUUAAGGUUCCAGACCCUGAGUUGUGGUGGCCCAACGGAUAUGGAAAGCAGCCACUUUACACUGUGAAAGUGGCCAUCUCAGCCGGCGAAACCGUCCUGCACACAGAGUCUAGACGCGUCGGUCUCCGCAGGGUCCAGCUCGUCCAAGAACCAGACCGGCAUGGCAAAUCGUUCUACUUCCGAAUCAACGAUGUCGAUGUCUUUUGUGGUGGUUCAUGCUGGGUCCCCACCGACAGCUUCUUGACCAAUGUGACACCCGAGAAGUAUCGGGCCUGGAUCGAGCUGAUGGUGCCUGCAAAUCAGAAAAUGAUAAGAGUUUGGGGUGGAGGAAUCUACGAGCACGACGCGUUUUACGACGCGUGCGACGAGCUCGGCAUCAUGGUGUGGCAGGAUUACAUGUUUGGCUGUGGCAACUACCCGUGCUUUCCUGCAAUACUCAAAUCGAUCGAGGCAGAGGCCGUGGCUAAUGUUCGGCGAAUCCGCCAUCAUCCGUGCCUGGUGAUUUUCGCCGGAAAUAAUGAAGACUACCAAGUGCAAGAGUCCGCCCACCUGACCUACGAUUACGAAGACAAGAACGAAGAGCAUUGGCUGCAAUCUGACUUCCCAGCCCGCUAUAUCUACGAAUCACUCUUGCCGAGGGUCUCGGCCGCAGAGGCGCCCUGGAUCCCUUACCACCCAGGAUCACCCUGGGGCGACGGCAAGAUCAGCUCUGACCCCACGGUCGGUGACAUGCAUCAGUGGAAUGUCUGGCACGGGACACAAGAGAAGUAUCAGAUCUUCGAUUCGCUGGGUGGACGGUUCAAUUCAGAGUUUGGAAUGGAGGCCUUCCCACACAUCGCGACGAUCAAAUCUUUUGUGGAGAAGGAGGAAGAUCUCUAUCCUCAGAGCCAUGUGAUAGACUUCCACAACAAAGCUGAUGGCCACGAAAGGCGGAUCGCCACGUACCUUGUGGAGAACGUGCGGACGGCGACAGGGCUCGAGGCCUACAUCCACCUGACCCAACUCAUCCAAUGCGAGGCUCUCAUGUUUGGCUACCGCGGGUGGCGGAAGCAAUGGGGCGAUGAGCGGCACUGUGGCGGCGCGUUGGUGUGGCAGCUCAACGAUUGCUGGCCAGUCACCAGCUGGUCGAUAGUCGACUACUACUUGAGGAGGAAGCCUGCAUAUUACGCCAUGGCUCGAGUUCUUGCCCCAGUGGCGGUGGGGAUCCGUCGAGCUCACCACGACUGGAGCGUGACACAUGCCCGAGAACCCCGGACGCAAGACUGGGAGCUGUGGGUCGUCAGUUCGAGGCAGACCGAUUUGACUGCCGAUGUGGAGGUCAAGUUUGUGUCAGUCCGAACCGGCCAGGAGAUCAAAGAGAAGAUCGUGAAGAAAGGGGUCAAAGUCCGGCGGAACGGAACGACCGACGUUCUAGAGGGGGUCAUCGACAAUGUGCACGAAGAACCCCAUGUUCUAGCUGCGCGAAUUUGGGUCGACGGCGAGUUGGUUGCUCGGGACACCGAUUGGCCACAGCCUCUGAAAUAUCUACAGUUUCCCGGCCGAAACGUCAAAGUCGAGAUCGUGGGUGACGAGAUGCAUGUUUCAGCGGACAGGCCCGUCAAAUGUCUCGUCUUCGAAGAGCGAGAAGGGUGUCAUCUAAGCGACAGCGCCAUUGACCUGGUGCCCAAUGACAAGCAGAUUAUCCGAGUGCGAGGGCUCAAGUCUGGCGCGCCACCCCUCGACUGGACCUUUCUGGGAGCUGGAGAGCAGUAA